CUCCCAGUGUAAACCCACUGUUUUCAGUCCGACGCCACAGUGAUACCAAAUACCAGUUAUUCACGUAAUUUCUAUCGACAUCUAGCAAACAGGAAAGUCUAAUCUAAGCUGAUAGUAUUUCCUUUGGUUUUUCUUUGUUUUUAAUGCACAUUCACACUUAAAACAAAUGAAGAUUUUCAUUUGAUUCGUCUAGUCUGUAGUAAUAACCGUCCAAACUCCCAGCCCAAACCAUUGGUGUAAAUCAUCAUGCCAUUGUAGCAGGUUAAAAUUUUAUUUAAAAAAAUUGCAAUUAAAUCCGAAACAUAGACUUUUAAAGGGUCAUUACGUUUGCACAAAUUUAACAAACUGUUUAGAGGAUAAGUGCAGUAAAGUACGCCUCGUUGCUAGGGGAAGGGUACGAUUUAUCCUGUAUCGUCUUUUGUUUCUUUUUAAGGAAUUUUUUUUUCUGUGAACCCAUCUUUCAUUUUACCUUGACCGGUGCGUAGUGCAGCAUAUUGGCGAGAUUCGAACGGCCAAUAAGUUUGUGUGUCAUAUCCUUAUUUGACAUUUCAAAGUCUUGGUCAUGAUCUCUGAAUUCCUAGAAAACAAAAUUAAGGUCGCAUAAACAAUUUUAGCAACGAAAUUAAAGAAUGCCGAAAGAAGGGGGACAAGACAAUUUUGCAAAAGAUGUAUCUGAUUUUGGUGAAACACAAAUAACCCGAUCCGACGACUCUUCCUUUUCAUCGACCAAUCACCCCAAUCACGACCAAUCACCUGUGGCUAACACAAGAGUGUUCCGACGCCGGUGGCUAAUGCUCUUCAUUUUCGUUUUGGUCUUUAUGACGAAUGCGUUCCAGUGGAUUCAAUUCUCCAUCAUCAACAAUCUGAUCACAAAAUAUUAUGGCGUGGAAAGUUCUACGGUUGACUGGACCAGCCUUGUUUUUAUGGUCGUUUACAUUCCGUUUAUUAUCCCAGGAGCGUGGAUUAUGGACAAAUUGGGAUUACGCGUUACGGUGUUGUUGGGUGCCAUCGGAACCGCUGCUGCAGCCUGGAUCAACGCCGUUGGCGUUGCACCUGACCUCUUUUACGUGGUUCUCAUAGGCCAAACAGUCGCGUCUGUUGCCCAGAUUUUCUUGUUGGGCGUUUCGCCAAACGUUGCAGCCGUUUGGUUCGGCGCAGACCAAGUCUCAUUGGCCUGUUCUAUUGGAGUCUUUGGAAAUCAGAUAGGUGUAGCACUGGGCUUUCUAAUACCUCCAAUGCUCGUACAUGAUCACGAAAACCCGGAAGACAUUGGCACUGAUUUGAGGUUUAUGCUCUAUAUCAUUGCCGGAUUCUGUACAGCGUUGCUCUUUGCUGUCAUUUUCGGUUUCCAAGCCAAACCACCCGUACCUCCUAGUGGGGCGCAAUGUUCCUCGGAGAAACAAUCGUCCGGCUCCUUUUCAGGAUAUUUUACCUCAUUGAAAAAGAUUAUUACGAAUCAUGGUUUCAUGCUACUUUUCGUUUCGUACGGUAUCAAUGUCGGCGUCUUUUACGCCAUGUCCACUUUGUUGAAUCAGACGGUCCUGCUUCACUUCCCGGGCGAAGAGAAAAAUGCUGGCCGAAUCGGGCUGACUCUUGUUGUUUGCGGCAUGUUUGGAUCUGUUCUCUUCGGUGCCAUUCUCGACAAAACCCAUAAAUUCAAAGAAACAACAUUAGCGACGUACGUUUUCGCCCUGGUUGGAAUGGUUGCGUAUACUUUCACCUUUCAAUUAGAAUAUAUUUCCGUCACUUUCAUUACUGCUGGAAUUGCUGGCUUCUUCAUGACAGGAUAUCUACCAGUUGGUUUCGAAUUUGGAACCGAAUUAACGUAUCCGGAGCCGGAAGUCACUUCUGCUGGAUUAUUGAACGCUUCAGCUCAGAUUUUUGGCAUUAUAUUUACACUUUUAGGAGGUUGGCUAUUGGCCACUUAUGGCUCGAUGGUUUGCAAUGGCUUGUUAUCAUCCGCUUUGUUGAUUGGUGUCGUCAUGACGUUCCCUAUCCGGUCAGAUCUUCGCCGACAGAAAGCCAAUCGAAAAUCUAUGAUUGCUGUAGUAGAAGGAGCAAAAGACAAUCCUUUACCAGUUUCCGCUUGAAAUAACACAUCGAUCUUCAGUAAACUGUUGUGACAUUAGGGAAAGGUAAGCCGUUUAUUCACGUCAUUCUAUUGUCGUUAAAUCUGCGUACAUAUUAUUCAAGAACAACUAAAACUCACCUUACAGUUUCAGUGCUGUUUUAUUACAUUAUUAUUGUAACCACAAUUUUUUUUUAUUUAGCACUUGUCUGUAACUGAAUGUUGAAGGUACAACGCGUUAAAUUAAAAUGUUUGAUAACGUUUUUCUAAUGCGGAGAAUUUAGCUUCAACGUCAACAUAACUUAAAUCUUUACUUUGAAGUUCCCUCAACCUCUUCUUUAAUUUUCUGCAAGAGCAAUCGGCGGUACUGGAUAGUACGUUCAUCGACUUCGGGAGAUGCUUCACCGGCCAAAGCUGCACGAGCCGCACGUCCGGAUCGCGGUCUAGACGUUCCGAAGGCUACUUUAUUGCCUGCUUCUCUGUCGGACAGCUCUUGUUGAUGCAACUGAAGCUCACGUUCUUUUCUCUUUUGGCUGAGAAUCUUAUCACGCUGAGCGCGUAAUAGAACGCGGCGGCGUUCUACAUCUUCGGGAUCGGGAACUUUCGUUGCCACUAAAUUACCCGAGCAUUUUACUUUCAACGUCUUUGCAAAAUUUAGAAAAAAAGAUCCGUUUUCAAACCUCUGGUCGGAGUUUGAACGUUAGUUACGGGAGCAGCUUCUGCUAAUGGUCCUGCAACUUCGUCGGUUGUUUGGCUUUUUAGAAGUCCAGCAACGGAUGCAGCAAGCGCUCGGUCCACUAAUUCGUCCAGUCAAUAAUUAGGCUCUUUUUUAAGGUUUUCAUAGACACAGUUGAGAUAACAAAUUACCGUCACGCCUCUCAGCGACUUGGGCAUUUCGUUCUGCCACAUGUUCGGCCAUAGAUUGCCGAAUCGCUUCAUUGAUGUCUUCUUCGGAAAACUCAUCGUUGGACGCGUUUUGACUAUCAAUGCUCGGAUGUCCAGGAUGAUCACGCUUUCGGCGCAGCAUUUCAACAGCUUCGUUAUGCAACUGCUCAUUUUUAGCGCGCAUCAGUACUUUAAAACGAUCGUAAUCUCCGGCGGAUUGUACGGGCUCUAGCAGUUGCUUCAAGUCCUAGUUGUCGUACCUGUAAAGCUGCCGAUCGGACGGAAGGCUGGAUUUGACUCAAGGCUGAUUCCAGGUGUUCUGGCUGAAGGCCUAAAUCGUCCAUGUAGGCACCCAGCAUAACAUCCACCUUGCAACCAGAGCAUGUUUAUCAUCUCUAGGUCUAUUGAUCAACCGAAUUAAACUCGAGAGGGGGAAGUCAUAGUAGAGAUCACUCACCAAAUUACGAAAAUCCUUAUGGAUUCCUCGAUAUUCAUCCUCGAGCUCGGCACCAUCACCUUCGAAUACUUUUAACAUAACAAAGAGUUCAAUUUAUCACAAUAUUCAGUGAGGAGAUAAGAAUGAUUGAACUAAUUUUUUUUUUUUACACACCGACGGAUUUCUGUUCCACAAAAUUAAGAAUAGGAGUAAUCCAAACAGGUCCUUGCAGAUAAGCUACCAAUGAAUCGAGGAUCCAAUCAGCGUUAUUCUCUUCGGGAACACCGUCUGUUGCUUCCAUUGCUGACGAAGGCAGUGUACAAAGCUUCUGAAACUGGCAGAUUACAUCCACAAUUGGUGCUCCACUUCGGGAAAUCGGACCGCUGGACUGUGGGUUGGCAGCGCGAUCCAUGUUGUAUGUUGCCAUGACAACCAAACAAUAACAAACUCUCACCAAGACUUACUGAUUUCAUCGGCUUUCACCAGUUUGGAGAGCAGUGACCUGAUAACAACGGCAAUUCCCAACGACAACAAACGGCCAAGCGUGGCUAGCAAAGAAAGGGCUCCAUUAGUCAAAACCAAUUAACGAUGAAACACUUAUCUGGCCAGAGCUAGAAUUACAGAGAUACACGAUCGUUGAAGAUGCGGCUAAAGCUAUAAACAGGUCCAAAACGGCUUUAAAAAAUGACACUUACCCAGGAUUUCAACAAAAGAAAAGCUAGCCGUGUACAAAAUAUAAUCAGAAUGGUCCCAGGAAAAGUUGUCUCUCGUGUAAAGGUAAGCUACACCGUAGUGGGCUGCAAAAAACAAGAAUGUUGAACCCUUGGCUCGUCCAAUCAUUGCAUUUCGUUUUAGUUUGAUUUGUUCUUUACUAACCGUAUGAAAACAAAUUCAAGAAAAAGCAAAUCAUCAAACAAAAAAUUAAAAUGCGUUCGUAUCCUUUCCGUAGGUUGAAAACAAUGACGGGCCAGUGCCUCACAUUUUUCAGAAUGACUCCACAAUUGCAUUUUUCUGAUAGCGAUUCUCUUAUGGAUUGUUCUGCUUCUUUUGCUGAAGUGGAUUUUAUGACAAUAAGCCGAGCGAAUCGAUUUUUCGCUGGUUGGCCUCGUGAAUCACGAACAAAGAAGAACAGGUAAAUCAAUGAUAAGGUAUAGAAACCAAGUGCACUCAACCAAAUGGCCAGGUAACCGCCUAGAUUGUAUACGACGGCACUAAUCAAUUGUGAUGAAAUCUGAACAGCUAUGGCGACUACGCCGGCCAUGAUCGCCAGUCGGAGUGUCCUGGAUUCUUCCGUCGUUACAUCCACAAUGUAGCUGCCCAUAACAAAGGUAGCUCUGCCACCUAGGACACCUAUUGACAUGUCAGCAAAAAGAAGAAAUUCAGCUGAAAGCGAAUCCGCGAAAUAAUUUGCCAUGACGAUUAAAGUGGAUAUGAUUUGUCCAGUGGUAGGAGCAACCAUCAAGAAUUUUGUUCCGUAUUGAUUGCUGAGUGGUCCGAAUAAUAAGAUAAAGAGGGCUGAAAGGAAGUGAUCAAUCAGUGAGCCGUACAUAUUCAAAAUACUAGCAUAACUUUCGAUGUAAUCCAGCGUCUCCAAAGGAAUUUGUGUGAAAACCGAAUGCGUUCCAUUACUACCAUAGCAAUCACUGAAAUUAGGAUUGAAGGUAUAAUAGCUCCUGCAGACUUUGUAGGAAAGCAUGUAUUGUUUAGGGACAGACUGCGGGCAAACAAGAAUGAGGUUCGCUAGCAAAACAAGGCAGUAGAGAUGGGAGAAUUUUACCUGUAUAACGGUUGCCAUAACGAAGAGAAAGCCAAAAGGUUCGAUCGUGAUAUGUAGCUUCUGGAAUGUUACGCUUAUCCACGUUACUACCUUUUGAUAGGCCGCCAUCAUUUUAUUUCUAAUACAACCACAAUAGAUAGCUAUAAAAACUGUGUGGGUCAAGGCUGCGUUCUCGCAUGUCCUGCUUAUAGAAUGCGACCAAGGUGGCUCCCACAGUGAUUCCGCACGAUUGUUACAACAAGUCUCGUUCCCCUCCUUAAUAUACAGAUCGAAGAUUUAA